AUGGCUCGGUGCUCUUUGCUCUUUGCAGCAAUCUGGCUCGCGACCCUCUCCAGCGCAACAACGUCAUCCACACCGUCGAAAACUCCGACAAAGACCCCCAAGCCAUCGGCUUCCUCGAAAUGUUUCUACCCUAACGGCAAGCCGGAACAAAAUUUUUCAUACAACUACCAGCCCUGCGGCGGUAAAAACACUACUUGGAGCCAAUGCUGCAUCCCAGGGCAGGAUGUAUGCACUCCCGAUGGCCUGUGUACGCAUCUGACGAAUGCCGUCGGUGCGUAUGAUUAUAGGGGAGGAUGUACGAAUGCAGAUUGGUCGGGAUGUCCGCAGGUUUGCCUUGACGUCUUGUCCAAUUCAUGGCUUCAGGUGAAACAGUGCGCUUCUGGGGAGUACUGCUGCAACCCGGACUUUGAUAAUGGAGAUUGCUGUCGGGACGGAAGUCGACGUUUCAGUCUGCUGGAUCGAAAUCCUGAUGCCAAGGGCGACGAUACUACGACUAAGACGAACGAGCCAACGGAGACAACGACUUCUGGUGGAAAUAACCGGAGUAGCGCAACGCAAACGGACGACGGGGCGGCCAAGCAAACGAGCGAUGAAGCGAACAAGGAAACGGAUGAUGGAGCGGACAAGAGUAACAAAUCGACCACGAUUGGGGCUGCGGUAGGGGGUUCUUUGGGUGGGAUUGCGUUGAUUGGCGGUGUCGUUGGUGUAUGGCUGUUGUUGAGGAAGAAGAAGCAGCAGAAGAUGGCACAGGUUGAGAAGGACGGACGAGAGGUGAAUCCGCGGACAGUGGAAUCGAUGGGGAUGAAGCAGACGUAUACGCCGCUGGCUGAAGUGGAAGGACAGCCGCCAGUGGUGGAGGUGGAUUCAAGGAAUGUUCAUGAGUUGGGAUAG